AUGGACCGACUCCAGCGCAUCUUUGGCAACCUGCCAGGACUUCCAGGCCAGGGUGGACCUGGAGCUGACGGUCCGCUCGUUGAUACUGCUGAGAAGGUGCAUAUCUCGUCGCUCGCGUUGCUGAAGAUGCUGAAACACGGUCGAGCCGGUGUACCAAUGGAAGUCAUGGGUCUCAUGCUUGGCGAGUUCGUGGACGAUUACACUGUCAAUUGCAUUGACGUCUUUGCUAUGCCCCAAAGUGGCACGGGCGUGAGUGUCGAGGCCGUGGACCCUGUCUUCCAGAUGCAGAUGCUGGAGAUGCUCAAGCAGACGGGACGGGCCGAGAUGGUCGUGGGGUGGUACCACUCGCACCCGGGCUUUGGCUGCUGGCUCUCGGGCGUGGACAUUAAUACCCAGCAGAGUUUUGAAGCACUGAACCCACGCGCCGUCGCAGUGGUAGUGGACCCUAUUCAGAGUGUCAAGGGCAAAGUGGUGAUUGACGCCUUCCGUCUCAUUAAUCCACAGCUCAUGAUGAUGGGCCAAGAGCCGCGGCAAACGACCUCAAACAUUGGCCACUUGAACAAGCCGUCGAUCCAGGCGCUGAUCCACGGACUGAACCGUCAUUACUACUCGAUCGCUAUUGACUACCGCAAGAAUGAACUGGAGGAACAAAUGCUCAUGAAUCUACACAAAAACACGUGGAGCGACGGCCUUGUGCUCGCCAAGUUUGAAGAUCACUCCAAGGAGAACGAGAAGACGGUGGAGACUAUGCUGGAUCUCACGGAAAAGUACAACAAGCGCGUCCAGGAAGAAGAAGAAAAGACACCAGAGGAGCUCGAAGUGCUCAAUGUCGGCAAGCUGGACCCGAAGAAGCAUCUGGAGAACGAUGUGUACGAUCUCAUGGCUCUUAACACAGUCCAGUGUCUCGGCGCUAUGCUGGACACGAUCGUGUUUUAG